GGAGGAGCAAGUCCAGAUAAAAAGUUACAGAGCACAGCAUGCUGGGAUUGAUUAGCAAACAACAGCAGGAAGCUGAUGAAAACAGAAAGUUGUGCAGGUUCCUUUCUCAUUCAUCUCGUAAAACCAUGAGGAUCACCACCACACUCCGACUGAUCGUUUGUCUCUUUGUAACAUGUGCGCGAUCCUCAGAUUCUUGCGUGGAGCUAAAGGGUUUAACCAUCGAUUUCAGCCAGAUCAAUGGCCUGUGGAACAUGAAAGCCAUAGCAUCCCAGGAAACGUUGAUGGCUCUAAAUGAUAUACAUUAUUCCUAUGCCAAAAUAUCUCUUGCAGAAAAGGAGGGAACAAUAACAGAAUUCUCUAAUCCCCUGAAGAGUACCAACCGUGGACCCAUUAGUUUUCAGAGGGUGUAUGACGAGAAGGAGACUCUGGCUUACAAAAACGUUGCUCAGAAUGAACCUUGGUUGUUGAAAUUUUUUCAAGUUCACCCCAAUGUUUUAAUCGUAAACCGUCAAUCAAAUGAAGUCAUUAAAACAUCAGCCUUAUACGUGAGAUCAUCAUCAUCAUAUCCAGAAUCAGAGGUGGAAAAUUUCAAAGAAUGGAUCAAAUGCAAGGAGUUCGCCUUUCUUAAAGAGUUCAACAUCGAUGUUGAUCAUGCACAGAAAUGUUAUGGAAUUUUUGAAGAAAGUACAUCUCUGGAGGCAACUGAGGAGAAACUUAGUUCUUGGCAUCUUGUGGCUAAGUCUUCCACUUUCAUGGACCAACAUUAUAAUUUGAGAAUCCUGUACACAGCCCGGCUGGAGAUCAGUGAAGAAGAAGGAGACCAUACUUUCAAGGAGAUCAUUACAGCGCCGAACGAUAACAUCAUCUUAGAGCUGAAGUUUGGCAAGUCAUUUCCAGCUGGGGAUAUAAUUUGUAUGACCUUCAAAACUGGAGAGAAUUUGCUGCUUCUGGUGAUACAAACUAAAAGAGGAAGAACCCUAUAUCUCGCAUCCAGGACACCAACCGUAAGAAAAUCUGUUAUCGAGAAAUUCAUGACCCAGACUCUGUGCAUUGAGAAUAAAUAUAGUUACUUCAUACCAGGGAGUAUCAGGAAAGAUGAUGAUGAGGUUGAAGCUUGUUCUAAUCAUUUGGAGAAAAAAGUGCCCAUUAAUUUCCGAGAAUCUGUAGGUAAAUGGAUCCUGAUGGCCUCAGCCCAUGAAAACACAAAAAUGGCUCUCGAUGAUCUCCUAACUUCUUACGGAGCCACAGACAUUAGGGUUGUAAAUGAUACGGUGUACUUGUCCCACAUUUCAAUACAUGGUGGUAGAAUCAGCCAUCUGGAUGACAUUGACGUGGAGGAGAAGACCGGCCAUAUUACAUACAAAGAUACCCCAUCAGGGACCAGAGUGGCCAUCCACAGUGUGAGCCCCACCUGCAUCAUUUUCUCCCCUGAAGGGCGCCUCUUUCUUAACUGUCGUGCAAACCAGUUUCCUUCUAUAGGUGACAUUAAUCAGUUUGCGAAGUAUGCAAAUUGUCGAAACUUUAAUAAUAUUUUGUUUCGUCAGCCGUCAUCAUUUUUGUGCUCGGAGAUGCCUGACGAAAUUGAUGCUCUAGAUUUGGAAAAGAUUGUCGGUACAUGGAAGUUUGCUGCCCUUGCCUCCAAUGUUCCAGCUGGUGAUGUGCAGUUUCGAAAUGAAACACAGGUUACUGUGAACAAUGAGGAGGUGACAUUCAUAACUGACGGUUGUGUGACUACUUUCCAGAAAAGAGGAAAUAGACGACUUGAAUAUGUUAAGGGUGAUCCGUGUGCAAUGGAGGUCAGAUUUCAUGAAACACUGAGAGACACCGGGUUGAUAUGGGUUUCCACCCCCAGAAGGCAGGGAAUCUUCUUGAUCCUUUUCUCUAAAUCCGACCACGUCAGACCCGAGGAGCUCAUAAGGUUUAAACACUUCGCAGCCUGUUUGUCGCUCCCUGUGAUAUUUCCGAGGUAAGUACCGAGAUGAAAUAUCUUAAAGCUUCAAGAUGCUUUAUGAAGCCUGACAUCCUGAGUCAAGAUCUUAGAGAUUGAUGUAAAAUAAAGACAAAUUAUCUGUAUCCAUUUUAUACUAUCUCUGUCGAGAAGAAAUCCAAACUCUAGCCGAGAAGAUAUAGAAGAUUAAUAAACUUCAUAUA